GUGAAGGUGCAACAGUAAAUCGGUCGUCCCGAACCCGGGUUCAUCCGACACCCUCACCAACCAAGCUGAACUGAGCUCAACCUCCACAGCGGCAACAUGCCUCCCAAAUUCGACCCCAACGAGGUUAAGAUUGGUAUGUUUUCUCUGUCAACUGGGUAAUAUAGGCAGGAGCUGUUUCACAGCCAAGAUGGAGUCGCUCUGUGCCGGCUGGCGGCCCGCUAACGGCGUAGAGAAAACGUGUACAUGAGAUGCACAGGAGGAGAAGUUGGUGCCACCUCCGCCCUGGCCCCCAAAAUCGGACCUCUGGGUUUGUCUCCCAAGAAAGUUGGUGACGACAUUGCCAAGGCCACCGGAGACUGGAAGGGCCUGAGGAUCACCGUGAGGUUGACCAUCCAGAACAGACAGGCAGUGGUCGACGUCGUUCCCUCUGCGUCCGCUCUGAUCAUCAAGGCGCUGAAGGAGCCGCCCCGCGACAGGAAGAAGGUCAAGAACAUCAAGCACAGCGGAAGCGUGACCUUCGACGAAAUUGUGACAGUCGCUCGCACAAUGAGGGCUCGCUCCAUCGCCAGAGAGCUCUCCGGAACCAUCAAGGAGAUUCUCGGCACCGCUCAGUCCGUUGGCUGCACCGUCGAUGGGCGUCCUCCCCAUGAUGUCAUCGAUGACAUCAACAGUGGAAAAGUUGAAUGUCCAUCUGAGUAGGCCGUAAUUGAACAAUAAAAAUCAAAUGUUCACAAACUGAA